UUUAUUUUGAAGGCCCCUUAGCAGUAGCCGUUUUACUCAAUCGACUCCAGUUUCAGAUUCGCUGGGGUUUUUUUUAGCAGUACGGUUUGCCUCGGCGAAAAUCGGCGGAACGGAAGAGAAAGAAGAGCUGAAAUAAGAAGAUGGACUGUGAAGAGAAGACAUACGGUGGCUGCGAAGGGCCGGAUGCCAUGUAUGUGAAGCUGAUCUCCUCUGAUGGUCAUGAGUUCAUUGUGAAGAGAGAACAUGCUCUGACUUCAGGAACCAUCAAAGCUAUGUUAAGCGGCCCAGGUCAGUUUGCCGAAAAUGAAACGAACGAAGUGAAUUUCAGAGAGAUUCCUUCUCACGUCCUCUCUAAAGUCUGCAUGUAUUUCACCUACAAAGUACGAUACACCAACAGCUCCACAGAAAUCCCGGAAUUCCCCAUUGCUCCAGAGAUAGCCCUGGAACUCCUGAUGGCUGCAAACUUCUUGGAUUGUUAAACACAUGCAUGCAGAAAUCUCUGGAAAUCUAUUUAUUUUGCUUCCCUACAUUGCUCGAUUUUUGUUAACAAAAGGAACAAAUAAUGUGAAAAUGGCAUAAGGAUUUGUUGUUAUGCUUUUUUUAAUCUUACUGUUCACUACAAGAAUAGACUCUUUUUUUCCCCCUCAGAAUACUUUCUGUAAUUAGUAAUGCAUAAUUACAAAUGACAACAAAUAUAAAGAAACCAUAGUUAUCUUCUCAUGUACACUCACGAUAAUAACCUUAUAUGAACAUUUUCCCCACAUAAAGCCUUCCUACAAAUAUG